CAUUAUUUAAAGAAUAUGUAUUUAAUUAAAAAACUCUCUAUUCAUCUAAAGGGUAUAACAAAAAAGGGGGUGUUUUCAGAGGUGGUAGGUGGUAAAAGAAGAGGUCAGCAGGAAGAUGGUGAAGAACGACCAAAGACCAAGAAAAAAAGGCAGUCAGGCAAAGAUGAAGAGUAUUAUAUCCCUUACAGACCUAAAGACUUUGACUCUGAGAGAGGGUUGAGUCUCGGUGGAGAGGGCAGUGCUUUUGAACAGCAGGCCUCUUCAGCUGUCCUUGAUCUCAUGGGAGAUGAAGGCGAUCGCCUUAACCAGCAGAAAAAAAUGAUGAAAUGGGACCGUAAGAAGAAGCGUUUUGUGAGAGAAACGGGAAAAGAAGACCAGAAGAAGAAGAUCAAAACAGACAGCGGUCAGGUUAUCAGUAACAAGAAGAACAGGAAGAACUUUUAUGAGGAGUGGAAGAAAAAAUACAAGAUUGAUGAUAAAGGAUCUGGAUCAGACGGAGAAACAGGCGGAGGAGGCAGGAAGCCAGCAAGAGCCUUGCAAGCUAUAACCUCCAACCUCUUUGUUGUGUCGUGCCUCUCCCACGUCGUGGCCAUGGCCGACGAGGUCCAACGCACAGCGCCCGGUGACCACAAAGCACGCUCGGAGCUGAAAACAAAGGAUCAGAAAAAGCAGAAGCACCAGUUCCUGCAGGGCGGGGGGAUGAGCAAGCUCCGCUCCAAGAACAAAAAGUGGCUCGGAGAAGUGAAAAAGUCAGGUUUUGGAAGGGGUGGCCAUAAGAAAGGCAAGCUGAGGAAGAAGCUGUGA